AUGUUUCCGGGUCUCAAUGACAUUGACCAGCUCUUCCGCGUGAUCCAAGUUCUGGGGUCGCCUUCUUGGGCCGGCGUCGGGAGCUUGCCCGACUACCACAAGGUGUCCUUCCCAGCGUUCUCGGCCAUCCCACUGGACGUGUUGCUGCCAGAAGCCCCAGCUAUGGCAUGGGACCUGCUGAGCCGUCUUCUCGAGUACGAUCCCAGCAAGCGUAUCUCGGCAGCAGAGGCCCUGCACCACCCGUAUUUUUUCGCUCACCCGACUCCGGAGGCAUCGCUUUCGCCCGACCGCCUUCUACCAAGCGCAUCUGGCAAGACGAGCGACGACUUUGCGCUGCCAAACACAUCGGCCUUGGACCUCGACAUUGGUUUUCUUUAA